UAAUGUAAGAAGAGGCUUACAGUGUCUUACAGUUUCAACAGAAGGAGCAUCUUGCAUGUGAGAAAUUAUUCAGGAAGCUGAAGACAAAUUGUACAUAAUAGUCAAAAGGCUUUCCAGGUUUUGCUUGUAAGCACUGAAAAAAAUGCUAGUAAUAUAAGUAAAUUAAGCAAACAAAAUAAAAAAUGAGAAGAAAAACAAGUUCAAAUUAACUGAAGACAGUUCUUUUGCUCACUCUCAUGUUUAAUAUGUGUUGCUUCCUGUUUUACGCCUCAAGAAAAGGCUGUCUCAUAGGUUUCGGUGAGAAUAAAUACCACAGCAGAUGUUGAUGUUAAGUAAUCGAAAGAGCCAGACAAUUAAUAGCAUUAAGCGAUGGAGGAAAUAUAUGCCAAUGUGGAACAUGGGAAACCUGUUUGCCAAAUUCCUACGUCUCAGACCGAAGGUUCAAGCAGCUCCAAGAAGAGGCCCUUCCUGAUUGUUAUUAUAUUUCUGGGAAUCCUGAGUGUUUUACUGCUGGUUGGACUCAUCGUCCUUGGUCUCCACUCUUGGGACUUGGCAGCUGAUCUCUCUAACAUCAAUGAUAAUCUUACUGACCGUCUCCAGGACAGCAACAGCAAGCUUUACUCUAUGACUGAAGAACGAAACCUGCUGCAUGCUAACCUCACUGAAAUGAUGAAAAAGCUGAACAGGGCUCAAGGAUGGACAUAUUUCAGCUGCUCCUGUUACUUCCGCUCUACAAAAAGGGGUUCGUGGGAUGAAGGAAGAAAGGAUUGCAUAUCAAGAGGAGCAGAUCUGGUGGUGAUAAAGGAUAAAGAUGAACAGGUGCUGUGUUCAUUUUAA